CACGGAUAAAUAUGAAGAAAAUUUGUCUUAUUAUCUUCUAGUAAUUAGCAGCUUGUAAUUUUAAUGCAACAAAGACCAACAUGUUAAUGCUGAGAUUGUUCUUCUGUGCUUACAAUUAGUUUUACCAUAUGCUUUUUUGGAGACUUUUCUCUCAAUGUUGGUUCUUGACUAUCUGUUUGACUUAGAUUCCAAUUUUGCCCUUUUUAUUGCUCAUUUUGAAGAUUUCCUGAUGCUUACCAAAUCUGUAAAGAAACUUAGUCUAUGAUCUAUAUACUUAUAUAUAUUCAAGUGUUGAGCAGCUUGUUUCUACGGAAGAAAGAUCAUAAUGUUAAUUUUACCAUUUUGAUUGGUCAGUGUCAUGUACAUAAUUUGAUUCUUCUUCUGUUUCUUAAGGUUGUAAUGGCAUUAGCCGAAAACACUUGGCCUAAGAAAAGUUGGUUUUAUCCGUAAAAUAUAGAUUAUUAGUAAGAUUACUAUCAGAAAUUCAUGGAAAGGCGGUGCCACAAAAUUAUGCUUGCAGAGUUCUGAUUAACAUCCUAACUAGUCAAGCUUUUAUGUUGGAACUAUUUUCUUUGUCUAUUGAGUAAUAAAGAUUGACAUUCCUUUGUUCAUUAUGGUGUGAUUCUCAUGCGAAUUGUUUGUCAAUGCGAUAUUUCAUUAGUAAUAUUUUUGUUAGAGAGAUGAGGCUGAUGUGGUAGUCUGAAGCAUGAUAACCAAGUUAAGCCCUACCCAACUUGCAAUUGGAUGAUUUUCUCCCUGAAAAUUGUGAUUGAACUUUAUUUUACUUGUUUUUCUGAAGGUGCUACUGAAUUGUUUGUAUUUUCGAGAAAUUUACUUUCUACCUCUCAUGGAAGCUUUAUUGGAAGAGUAUGCUGCCUUUGAAGAUAAAGUGAAACGUACCGUGUAUAUAGACAACCUUUCGCCUUUGGCUAAGGAGUCUGUUGUUAAAGCUGCACUUGAUCAAUUCGGUAAUGUCAUUCAGGUCAAGAUUAUACGAACCUACCUUGAACUGAAAAGCAUGGGACGAGCUGCUUUAGUUGAGAUGCAGAAUGCAGAUGAGGCAAAAACAAUCAUCUCUGAGAUAUGCAAUUCCCCUUUCAUGAUCUCGGGCAUGCCUAGGCCUGUUAGGGCACGUUCUGCUGUAGUUGAGAUGUUUGAUGACCGCCCAAGGAAACCUGGUAGGAGGAUGAUGUGCUGCUGGUUGGAAUCCAGUGAUCCUGAUUUUGAAGUGGCUAUGAAGAUGAAGCGUAUAGUUAGGUGCCAUGCGAAAGAGGCCAAUUUUUUGCUCAAGCGCCAAUUGGAGGAGGAAGAAAAACUAGCGAAAGAGCAGUCAGAGUCCUUGAACACAAUCUACAAUAAGUAUGAACUCGUCCAACAUGUCUGCAACAGUGGAACUGCCACGCGAUUGUCAAAGCAUUAUAAAAUGCGUAUUGCUGAUGUAUAGAGAUAUAAAGAUUCUACUGUUAAGCAAAUGACAUAUUUUACUUCUUGUGAAGGACUUCUUUUCCAGGCAGUAGAAGAGCCUUUGUAUGAGCUAUCAUUCAUGUGCUCUUGAAUUGUAAUUGUUAGCUUAAAAUGUAGUGCUUUACAAGACGUCAUGUGAACCUGCAGUACUCAAUUAACCUUUACGCUAUCGAGCUAGUAUAGUUUUUGCUUUUUUCCAUUUUUGGUGGAAGAAACUAAUUGUAAGCAAUGCACAUGUAAUGUGUCGCAGCAACUUAAAAUUUGAUCCGUGGUUGUGAACUUGUGAUCCCUGGUUUGAGCAAA